AUGAGGUCUUUCGAAUAUGGAAAGCAGGUUCAUGGGAUGAUCUUGAAAGGUGGGAGUGAAUGGAGUGAUGUGAGUCUUUUCAACGCGUUAAUGGAUGUAUACGGAAAAUGUGGUGAACUUGAAGCAAUGAGGAAGCUUUUUGACACUACUAGGGAGGAAGCAAACCAGAUCUCAUGGACAACGCUUGUGACAGCUUAUUCUCAGUCUUCUGAAUUUGAGGAAAAAGCACUAACCGUUUUCUCCGAGAUGAGAGAAAUGGGGUUUCAACCGAACCAGGUCACGUUUUCAGCUGUGCUUGCGUCAUGUGCUAGCCUCAGUUUCCUUGAAUAUGGGCAGCAAGUCCACAGCUUGACAUUGAAAACUGGUUUUGCUACAGACAAAUGUGUGGAGAGUGUUCUCAUCGACAUGUAUGCAAAGUGCGGUAGUGUAAGAGACGCUGUCAGGGUUUUUGAAUCUUUGCAAGACCCUGAUGUCAUUUCAUGGACCGCCAUGAUAUCUGGAUAUGCACAACACGGCAUGGCGAAAGAUGCCUUAAGACUCUUUCGAAAGAUGGACCAACCCAAUUCCGUUACAUUUCUAUGUCUUCUGUUUGCUUGCAGACACGGAGGGCUAGUUGAUGAAGGCCUGAGGUGUUUUCAUUUAAUGGAGGAAAGAUAUGGACUGGUCCCAGAGGUUGAACAUUAUGCUUGUGUGGUUGAUAUCCUGGGCCGUGUGGGACGUCUAACUGAAGCAUGGGAGUUUAUAAUGAAGAUGCCUAUAGAGCCUGAUGAGAAAGUCUGGUCGACAUUGCUUGGAGCGGGUAGGGUUCAUGGGAACAUUCAUUUGGCAGAGAUUGCGGCUCAUAAGGUUAUCUCUUGUAACCCGGAAGAUUCAGCUGCUCUUGUUCUCUUGUCAAACGCAUACAGAGAAGCUGGGAAUAUUGAUGCUGAACUAAGUGUAAGAAAGGUGAUGAAUUCUCAAGCCAUGAGAAAAGAACCUGGACUGAGCUGGAUUACUAUUGGAGGUCAAGUCCACAAGUUUUGCUCUGGGGAUCAACACCAUCCCCAGAAGGAAGAUAUAUACAGAGUUCUAUAUGAUUUGAUGGAGAAAGUGAAGAGUACAAAGCACUGA